UUGACCCGACCCACGAAACCGUUUUGUAAUUGAGGCUUUCAUCAGCCACACAUUUCAAAAAUUCACUUUCCCGGCAGAUCUCAACACCUUCGCCAUGGCACUCCAUUCCAAAGGUUCAGUGCGAUUUCCAAUUCAAGGCAUGGAAUCGGUUGUCGCAUCCGUGAGCGGGUACCACGGCACGGAGCGGUUCAAGCUCAUCAAGCUGAUAUCUCAAUCCGGUGCAAGCUACGUCGGGGCGAUGAAUCGGUCCACGACUCACUUGGUGUGUUGGAGAUUUGAAGGAAAGAAAUAUGAUCUUGCUAAGCAGUUCAAUAUGUCCAUAGUAAACCACAGAUGGGUUGAAGAAUGCAUACGACGGGGAAGACGCGUUCCUGAGCAGCCUUAUUUAUUUCAGAGUGGGCAAGAAGUUGGGCCCUUAAAGUUGGAAAUGCCUCUUGUUACAGAGAAGGCGAGUCUCUUGCUGCCUCGUCAAACUGGUGCUCAGAAAGACUGCGAAAGACCUGCUACGGAUAUUGAACAUGGAAUGGCUUGCCAUCUCUUUGGUACUCAUUCUCGCUUGUUAAGUGAGAGUUUGUUUCCUGAGUUGGGUACAAGCAAAGAUACAUCUCAUAGAUUAAAUAAGAAAACAGUUAAAAAAAGUUUGAGGCAUGGUUGUUCAAGCAGCAGAUGGUAUGAGGAGCCUCCUAUAUCCACGUUCUUUGGAAAAGAGAAUGAAGAACCAAGUUCGCCUUCCUCUAUGCUAUUGGCGAGACAUGAAAGGACAAGCACUAGUUCAACUGAACCUCAUCGCAAAGGGCGUAGGCUGGUGAAAAAGAAUAUUAUGGAUUUUUUCCCUUCAGAUUCUGAGCAAGUUAGGGACCCACUUAGGGUUCGCCAACAACAAAAUGAUCUUACAACUCCAUCUAGGCCUGCAGAUGCUAUGAGGGAUAAGAAGAGGUUGAGAAAUAGACAUGAAGGACCUGAAGAUGUCGAGGAAGUGGAUGAUUUGAAUGAUGCUCGAACUUUUACAGAUUCAGAUUUACAUAAUGAGGUUGCACCAGCUAUCGUGGAAAAAACUUUUCAAGACCAGUGUUCUUAUGGCAACGGCAACUCAAAUGGGAAUGCACAUACAGCCAGAUUGUCUGCUUCAGCAGAUCUGUCAUGUGUUAUAUGUUGGACAGAUUUCAGUUCAACUAGGGGCGUUUUGCCAUGUGGGCAUCGGUUCUGUUUCUCAUGCAUCCAGAGCUGGGCUGACCUUUUGGCUUCAAGGAGAAAGAUUUCAACUUGUCCCUUGUGCAAGGCUGGCUUUGUGAGCAUCACAAAGGUGGAUGAUGCGGCCUCAUCUGAUCAAAAAAUAUACUCGCAAACAAUGCCAUAUGAUCCUUCAGGAAGGGAUAUUUUCAUUCUUCCUGACGGUGACACAACAUCUUUUGGACUCCAGCCCUCGUCAACGCCAGUUUGUAGCGAAUGCUGCCGUCGGGAACCUGAGGAUCUUCUUGUUCAAUGUCAUCUCUGCCAAAUUCGUUGCAUCCACUCCUACUGUCUGGAUCCUCCUUUGUUUCCAUGGACAUGUAUUCACUGUAAGGAUCUUCAAAUGCUUUACCAUCACAUAUAUUAGAGAGCUUUUCCAGAAUUGAGGUAUGUAUUGUAUCUCCAUAUGUCGAAACGGUGUUAACAUGUAUUUUUCAUUUGCAUUUCAAAUGAUGCUGUCUGGAUUUGAUCUGUACUUCCUAUAUAUCUAUGAAAUGCAACUUGUUGGAGUACUA